AGCAGGAGCUGCAGCAGCCGGUGGCGGCCAGGCUGGCGGAGUGCCCUGGUGGGAGGUGCCGGACAGCAUGGACGAUGUACACGAUCCAGACGGGCUCGCGUCCCAGAGCAUGGGUGUGCCCGCCAGCACCCAGGGCACUGCGACGGACGUCGCAGCCACCGCCACCCCACGGCCCUCGCAGCAACAGCAGCGGCAGCUAGCCCUGCUGCGUCGCGCUGCCCUCGCCGAUACCGCCACUGCGCCCGAAGCGGCGCCUGGGAGCCACCAGGGGGCAGCGUUGGACACACAAGAGCGGGUGCACUCAAGAGCCGAGGAGCAGCAGACACAGCAGCAGGCUCUUCCACCACCACAACAGUGGCAGGAGCAGCACCACCAGCAGCAGCAACAGCAAGGGCAGGUGAAGGCGGAGCCUGGCCUGGGCCUUGAGCCCACUGGGCCGUGUGAGCCUCAUACCGGGCCACAUGGGGAACAGGGGGCGCACGGGUGCGCUGCUGCUGGUGCUGAUGGGAGGAGCGGAGGCGCGACCUGGCGUGCCGCUGACCGAGCGGGCGGCGAGGAGAGGCCGGCGGAAGCUGAAGGCGGCGGCGGCGGUGAUGGUGGUGGUGGUGGUGUGGAUGAGGGCCAGGACGAGGAGGAGGGCGACGCAGCUAGCGACACGACGCAGCCCCCAGAUUACGGCGACGAUUAUGAUGCUGGGGAGGCCGCCGUGGAGCAGCAGCAGGCAGUGGCGGAAGGGAUGGUGUGUGACCCAUGGGGCGGGCAGCAUGGGGCGGAGCACGAGGCGGAGGCGACGGCGGUGAUGCUGCUGGCCCCGACCGCUGUGCUACCGACACAACCCCUGGACGAGCAUGGUGGCUACGGUGGCGCAGCGUCGCAUCUGCAGCAACCGCAUCCGCCACCGCCUUUCCCUCAGCAGCAGCCACGGCAGCAGCUGCAGCUGUUGCGUGCACUACCCACGGUUCCCAUCGACGCCCUUCCGCCGACCCUAGCGCUUGCCGGUACCGACGAAGCCGCCAUGGGAGAAGCCGGUGCGGCUGCCCCUGUUGCCAUGCCGCCUUAUGGUGCCACCACGACCAC